UUUUGCUUCCUAAACAUGUUUCGAAACCCAUGGAUUUCUAGUUACCAUGUGAACCAUGUGCAGCCAACCUGUGGCCAAGGAUUUGGAUCUAAAGCUGCCACCAAACUCUGCAGCUCAACCUCGCUGCCAACAGACGCCUUAAGUUUUCAGAGUGACUUCUCUCUGAAUGACAAGACCACCCUGGUCAAGAGUGUUUCAGAUACAGAUGCCAAACUUCUGGCCGUCCUUCCUAAGGUUUCAGAGUUGAAGAAAUACUUUGAGGGACCUGUCACAAAGGAUUCAGGAAUGAACAGAAAGGAGAGAAUAGCCCGACGUCUGGAGGGAAUUGAAAGUGAUGCACCACCUGCGCUGGUCCCUGGUGGUUUAGUCGCCAACAGGAUGCUGGAAGAGGAUCCACCGCGGUACACCCGCGCCUCAGACCCCUGUGAGCCUUGUGUGAUGGUGAGGCGCUACAGUCGAGAGGAGCUGGAGGCACCACAGAAGCAGGUGUCGUCUCCAGACAGACCACCUCAGGUCAAAGGUGGUGCUGGCAGUGGGCGUGCAGAGCCAGUGUUGGUCUACGUCGACCCAGUAACAUUAACCACCUCGUCAACACCCACAUCUGGUCCCACAGACUCUACCAGCCUCAGCUCGAAGGCUGAACGCAUCGCCCGCUACAAAGCUGAGCGCCGCCGCCAGCUGUCAGAGCGUUACGGCAUCCUCCUGGAUCAGGAAGCGGACAUUGAUUACACACCGCGCUACCGCUCCAGGCGUGAUCCGGAAGCCUCUGAUCAACAAACCACUGCCAGGCGAGACAGGCCGGAAGUAGAGGCACAAGGGCGGGAGCCCAGAGUGCCAUAUCGCUCCGGAGUGGGCAGGGUUUACAUGAGGACUCACCCAGAUCCUGCACCUGACAGCACAUCAGGCCCCGCCCAAUCAAACCAAGCCCCUCUCCCCACUCAAGAAAGACCAAGCAGAUUUUCGGAGCGGGAAAGAGUGAUGAACAUGGAGAACUACCGCCGAGGUGGAACUCAAGAGCGCUCAGUUGCCUCCAGAAGCAGGACCCAGGACCAGCAUCAGCCACAGGAACAGCAACAGCACCACCAGGACGCUGGCCACAAGGAGCCCAGUCCAGCUUCCACCAGGGACUACAGCAUCGCAGCAGUGCCCAGCUCUCCUCGCACCGCCCGCCGAGCAUCCCUGCCCUCCACUCGCUACGGCAUCUCACCUGGGGAUUUAUUCAUCGAGCAGCAGGCUCAGAGCAUCCUCAACAGGCAGGGGUCCCGCCUAAGCCCAUCACAACUACAGGAUCCUGAGGAUGAGGAAAAACUGGACGAGAGAGCAAAGAUGAGUGUGGCUGCAAAGAGAUCUCUCUUCAGGGAGCUGGAAAGGACAUCAGAUGGAGGCGUUCCCAAACCACGCUCAAGAAAUGCUGCUGUUGAAAGACGUCUUAGAAGAGUCCAGGAUCGAGCACACACACAACCCGUCACCAACAGGGAGGUGGUCAACGCUUCAAGUGAUCCUGCCACAUCGUCACAACCUAUGGGAGACCUCAUUAAUAGCCCCACAGUAGCCAACACAAGUGUGACUAGCAUCAGCGUUCAGACCUCCUCUCAGCCAGGCUCAGCAGUCCAGGAUCAGGAGAAGGAAGCUCUUGAGCAUGAGAGACCAGCUCAAGCUUCGAGCUCUGGGGCAGAGUUAGACGGCCAGGGGCUUGUGUCGGAUGAGCCCGACCUUUCCUCGCUCACUUUGUCCGAGAAGAUGGCCCUGUUCAACCGUCUCGCCCACCCCACGGGCAAAACAGCUGAGGGGGCUCGAGGAGACACCCGCCAGCGCCGAGCCAACACCCGAUUUCAGACUCAACCCAUCACCCAGGGAGAAGUGGAACAGGAAGGUGAGCUGGCAGCAACCUCUGCGGUGUGUAAUGGUGACUUAGAGGCCAAUCAGGGAGAACAUCUGAAAAAUGGAGGCGAAAUCAAACUGGAGCCGCUGUCAGCCUCCCUGGUUCGAUCUGUGGCAGCUGUCACCUCCCAGGCCUCCGUCAGUACAGUGACCGUGGCACCUGGCGGCAGCGGAGGCAACGGCGACGGUGAUGGUCUUCGUCUGGGGAAGUCCACCGCCGCCCCCUACAUCCCUGCCCAACAACAGGCGUCCAGCAGUGCCGGCUUCCACCAGGAGAGGGCGCUGAGGUAUUUCUCCAUGACCCAAAGCGGGGACCCAGGCCACCCCGAGCCUGAGCCCAACUCCUCCCCUCUCCUAAUUGAGAGCGGAGAGAGAGCGGGGGCCCCUCCUGCUCCCACCUCCUCCCCCGGUCACAGGCAGCAGGGGGAGGCGGUGGCAGCGGCGGAGGAGGAGGUUAGGGGGAGACAGCAGGGAGGAGCCAGAGAAGACAACCAAGGCGGCAGCGUUAAGGGGAAGCCACACUCGGACGACAGGCAGCAGCAUCACCAGCCUCAGCACUCCACCGAGCUCUCGUCGUGGAGGGGCGAGUCUGAGCCACUGCCCAGCUGGAGAGACUCCCAGGAGAGCCGGGAGAGAGCAGAGGGAGGUGACCGAGGAAGAGGGGGAUACCUGAGAGAGGCUGCAGCAGCUCGUAGUACCUCCACACAGGAGCAGGGGAGGAGUAGCAGCUGGAACAAGGCUGGCAUCUCAGACUUGUUGGAUCAUCCAGCGCCACUGAGGCCUCUCAUCGCCAAAGUAUCAUCUAGGACAGUUUCCCACGUUUCAAGCAGCCAACAGCAGCAGCAGCAUACCAUCAUCCAGCCUCCUCAGUCUCUUCCCAAACCCUUCACCCAGCAGCCUCCUCCAACCCAACCCAAACCUCCGUCAUACGUCCAGCCCCAGCCCUACUCCCAGCCACCACCAACGUACCCCAAACCUUUCACCCACUCCCCGCAGACCCAGCCCAAACCUCAGGGAUUCAUCCAGCCCCUCCCCAAACCUUACCCCCAGACAGGCCCCCAGACUCAACCCAAGCCCCAGGUGCCUCCACAGACUCCGCCCAAACCUCAGUCGUUCCCCCAGGCGCUGGUCAAGUCUCAGUCCCUGCCCCUGGACCACAGCGAGGACUUCAGCAGGCACAGUGUCCAUUCUGGAGAUCUGCUGUCCCCAACGGAGUCCGGAGACCAACUGUCUGACGGCAUGUCCGCCAAACAGAUGUCCAUCAAGGAGAGAGUGGCACUGCUGAAGAAGAGUGGCGAGGAGGACUGGAGGAACAGGAUCAACAAGAAGCAGGAGGUGGUUAAAGUGGCGUCCACUGAGCAGCAGGCUCAGCUAUGGGAGACAGAGCAGACCUCCCAAAAGAAGGAGGAAGGGGUGGUCGCUCAGGACUACUCUGCUGUGUCUGUGUCUGAGCAGCUGUGGGAACCCGUCUUCUCCUCCACAUUUUCUCCCACUAUCUCCCUUGGCCAAAAGUGUCAGUAUAUUGAGCAUCAUAGUCAGAAGAUGGGAGAGGAAAUCGAGGCCCAGAUGACCAUCGAGGAGAGAAAACAGAUGAUUUCAACUCGGGAGGAUGCCUGGAAGACGAAAGGCAAAGGAGCAGCUAAUGACUCCACACAGUACACAGUGGCUGCACGAAUGGUCAAGAAAGGUCUGGCAGCCUCCUCCUCAGUUAUCAGUCCCAUACUGUCACCAGUAUCGACCAAACUCAAGAGCAACACGCCGGCCAUCACCAAACCACAAGAGGAAAUUGAGGCCCGACCAGACAUGGAGUCUGAUAAGAAACUAGACAAGCUGGAGAGCUUCCUGGGACGUCUGAAUAGCAAAGUGGCAGGUUUGCAGGAAACCACCAUAACAGUGACUGAGAAGGCAGUGAAGGAGGUGAUGAAGCUGGAUGAUGAAAUCUUCUCCAAGUUCUACAGACGUGUUGCUGAAUUCCCACGCAUGCCCACCAGGAUCGAGAUCAGCGAAGACUUUGACACCAUCUUCGGUUCUCAGGGUCCCAAGCUGACUUCGGCCAUGGUGCAGCACAAGCGGUCAGUUCGUCCAUCCAGGAACGUUCAAUCAUCCAAAAACCCUCUGAAGAUGCUGGCGGCCAGAGAGGACAUCCGACACGAGUACACGGAGCAGAGAUUGAACGUGGCCCAAGUGGAGAGCAAAAGGAUGAAGGCUGAAAAGAUGAAUAAAACCUCUGAGUACUCUGAGGCUGCUCUGGCAGGUCUGGCCAGUAAAGAAAAUUUCAGCAGCGUGAGUCUGCGCAGCAUCAACAUCUCAGAUCAGAUGUCCAACAACAGCGCCGUGCCGUACAAGAACCUCAUGCUGAUGCAGAUCAAAGGUCGUCGCCACGUUCAGACCAGAUUAGUGGAGCCCAGAGCGUCCUCUCUGAACAGCGGGGACUGUUUCCUGUUGGUCACUCAGGACCACUGCUUUGUUUGGAUUGGAGAGUUUUCGAAUGUCAUUGAGAAAGCUAAGGCGAUAGAUUUGGCCACCUACAUCCAGACAAAGAAGGACAUGGGCUGCAGGGCGAACCAGGUGCAGACCAUCGAGGAAGGAGUUAACCCACAGGGUCCAGACACCCAGCAGUUCUGGACGGUCCUAGGUGGACAGAUGACCUACCAAUCCUCGGGUCCGCCUGAGGAGGAUGAGCAGUUUGAGAAUGCUAUCGUGGAAACCAACUGUAUCUUCAGACUGCUGGACGAUAAACUGGUUCCUGAUGAUGACGAAUGGGGCAAAGUCCCUCGCAGUGCCCUGCUGGCAUCCAAGGAGGUGUUGGUGUUUGACUUUGGCAGCGAGGUGUACGUUUGGCACGGUAAAGAGGUGACUCUGCCCCAAAGGAAGGUGGCCUUCCAGCUCGCCAAACACCUGUGGAACGGGAUGUUUGACUACACCUGCUGUGAUGUCAACCCACUGGAUCCCGGAGGCUGCAACACACUCAUACCCAGGAAGGGCCAGGGUCGUCCUGAUUGGGCGAUAUUCGGCCGGCUGACAGAGCACAACGAGACAAUCCUGUUCAAGGAGAAGUUCAUGGACUGGACUGAAGCAAAGUCACCAACACCAAAGGAAGGCAGCGAGCUUGAACCUGAACCAAAGGAGGCUCCAGGACGAGAGUGUCGGCCGUAUGACGCCACCUUAAUGCUGCCUGUCCUCCAGUCGUCCAUCUCCACCAUUCUGGAUGGGGUGAACAUUGGUCGCGGUUAUGGACCGGUGGAGACGGAGGACCACAUGAGGACUCAGGAGAUAAGCACAGUGUCUGUGGACGUUUGGCACAUCCUGGAGUUCGACUACAGCCGAUUGCCACGCCAGAGCAUCGGGCAGUUCCACGAGGGAGACGCCUACGUGGUCAAAUGGAAGUACAUGGUCAGCACUUCAGUGGGUCGCAGGCAAAACCCCGAGGUGAGGAGCACCGGACCAGGGAAGGAGAAAUGCUGCUAUUUCUUCUGGCAGGGUCGACACUCCACCGUCAGCGAGAAGGGAACAUCGGCGCUGAUGACAGUGGAGCUGGACGAAGAAAGAGGAGCACAGGUUCAAGUGCAGCAAGGAAAAGAGCCACCAUGUUUCCUGCAGUGCUUCAAUGGAGGGAUGAUCGUCCACGCCGGCAAGAGGGAGGAGGAGGAGGAGAACACUCAGAGUGAGUGGCGUCUGUACUGCGUGCGUGGCGAGGUUCCGGUGGAGGGCCACCUGCUGGAGGUGGCGUGUCACUGCAGCAGCCUGCGCUCCAGAGCCUCCAUGAUCCUACUCAACAUCAACAAGGCCGUCAUGUACCUGUGGCACGGCUGCAAGUCACAGCUUCACACUCGCAGCGUCGGAAGCACUGCCGCACUCAAGAUCAAAGAGCAGUGUCCUCUGGAAGCAGGACUCCACAGCAGCAGCAAAGUCACCAUCCAUGAAUGUGAUGAAGGAGUUGAGCCUCCAGGCUUCUGGGAGGCUCUGGGGAGAAAAGAUAGGAAGGCCUACGACUGCAUGCUGCAAGAUCCAGGUAAAUUCAACUUCACCCCACGGCUCUUCCAGCUGAGCAGCACAUCUGGAGAUUUCGUGGCGAGUGAGUUCUUCCACCCAUCCAGAGCUCCAGACCUGGUCAGCUCGCUGCCCUUCCUGCAGGAAGAACUUUAUAACGCAGCACAGCCUGCUUUGUUCCUGGUGGAUAACUUCCAUGAGGUUUACUUGUGGCAGGGCUGGUGGCCUCAGGACAGUGAGAGCACCGGCUCGGCACGUAUCCGCUGGGAUGCAGACAGGAAGUGUGCGAUGGAAACGGUGCUGCAGUACUGCAAAGAGAAAAAUGAGAAGAAGCCUCAGAAGUCGUACCUGAUCCACGCCGGUCUGGAGCCACUCACCUUCACCAACAUGUUUCCCAGCUGGGAGCACAGAGAGGACGUGGCUGAGAUCACAGAGAGGGAGGCAGAGGUGUGUAACCAGAUCAUCCUGGUGGAAGACGUGUUGGCCCGACUCUGUCAGAACACCUUCCCUCUGGCUCAGCUUCAGGCCCGGCCUCUUCCAGAGGGAGUCGACCCGCUGCGCCUGGAGAUCUACCUGUCUGACCAGGACUUUGAGAAAGCAUUGGAAAUGAAGAGGGAGGAAUACGAACGUCUGCCAGGGUGGAAGCAAGUGAACUUAAAGAAGGCCAAAGGACUGUUUUAGCAGAACGUGAAGCGGUAAAAAGUGGAAAGUGAGAAGCAGGAGAGAGAUCGACCUGUUGUGUACCCGAUUCUUAAGAAAAACGACGUCAAAGGAGAAAAACGGAGCUGCACUCGCCUCGCUUUAUAGUCAUGUUUUACUUCUCAACUUUGUCAUUACUUAACAAAAAUUAAAUUCAAGCGGUUUAAUGUCAGGUAAAAAUACCUCGCUUUGGUUCAUACAUGGUGUCUGUGUGUCUGAAAUCUCUUCUGAAGUGGAACUCGUGGAAGAAAACGCUCGUCGUCGGGGUGCCAUGCUGUGGUCGUGUAUAUAAUGUGUGUACGUAACAUUCGUUUGUGGAAAUGUGAGCGUAGGUGCGUUUGUGACUUUGUAUCUAUGUAAAAAAAAAAAGAAGACAAAAUCCUGUCGUGUCAGAUGCCGUCAGGCCUCGUAGGAAACUCGACUGCUGAAGUGACUCCGACCCGCCGAGCGCCUGAGAGGAAAACUGUAAUUUAAGGGUUUGACUUUAAUGAGAAGAGAAACAGCAGCUUGACGAAUCUGAAUGUAUAGUGCCUUGCUUUUUGUGUACAGUUUAUAUACAGAAAAUCUAGUCUGCAUUUUUAAGACUUUCUUUGUGAUAUAAGACAUAGUGAAUUAAAUCACAAUAAUGCUCAA